AAAGAAAAAGAAAAAAAAAAAAGAAAAUGGUUGAUAUAAGGAUUGUGGAGGGUUUCUCUUUCUUUCUCUCUCUCCCUUAAACACAGGCAGAUGCAGAGAGUGAAGGGACACCUCACCCACCCAAACACCAUAUAUUCAUUCAUUCAUUUGUAAAAGUAAACUGAGUGUUAGAUUGCAUUGCAUUACAAGAGAUCUAUCUAUGUAUCUAUAUAUACCCCUUCAAACCUCAAACCCCACUCCUCUCACUUCUAGAAUCUACGCAUAAUUUCUUCACUCUAUCAUCGGAAUCUUCCCACAUCCAUCUGAAUCCAACAAUUUCCCAGAAAUAGAAACCCUUUUCUAACAUCGUCCCAGAUGUCCUCCUCUCUCAUGCCAAACCCAACCGAUCGCUCGCGUGACUCUCACCGCCCAAAGAAGAAGAAGAAAUCCCCCGCCAAGCCCCAAUCCCACCAAGACCACUCCCACGCCACAUGGAAAACCCACGCGCAGCAGAACCUAUAUUCCUCCAAGCUCCACCAGGCCCUCGCGCGUGUCAACAUCUCCGCCGACACGCCCCGCCGUGGCAGGGCCGUCCGUGAGGCCGCCGACAGAGUCCUCGCCGUCGCCGCCCGCGGGAGGACGCGCUGGAGCCGUGCCAUCCUCACCAACCGGCUCAAGCUCAAGUUCAGGAAGACACCGCACAGGCGACCCAAGGUGGUUGGCCCGCCCCGCCCCAAGAAGCCCCGCUUCAGCGUCCUCCGUCUCAAGGGAAAAACCCUUCCCUCCGUUCAGCGCAAAGUUAGAGUCCUCGGCCGGUUGGUUCCCGGUUGCAGAAAAGAACCCCUUCCGAUCAUUCUCGAAGAAGCCAUCGAUUACAUACCCGCGCUCGAGAUGCAGGUUCGCGCCAUGGCGGAUCUCGCUCGAUUACUCCUGGGCUCCUCCUCUCCCUCUUCCUCUUCUUCCGCCGCCGCAUCAACCUCCGCGCCGUCGAGUUGAUCCACCUUCCGGCGCCUGUUCCACGUGUCAUAUAUUUCUCUCUCUUGAUUUUUGUUAUUAUUUGCCUCGUUUUCACCCUCACUCGUCUCGGCUUAUGUUAAUUGUCCAGUACAUACAUAUUAUAUCUUCCUCUACUUUUUUUUUUUUUUUUCUUUUUUCAAUUUUGCCUUUCCUCCAAUUCAAUCUCAUGCCUAAUUAGCUUGCAA